AUGAAUAAAUUUAUAAGGAAAAACUCUAUAAAUUAAUAAUCGUUGAAAGAAUAAGAAACUAAAAGACUAAAGCAAUUCAUUUUAUAAAUAGAAUAACAACCAUCUUUAUACGAUAAUUUGACAGAGGAAUAAAUGUUUGGAAUUUUGUGUAUAAUUCUAACUAAAUCCUCUUAUCACAGAACUUAAUCAGAAAUUGAAAUCCUCAAAAAAGCUACUAAACAUAUUGUUUAUUUUCAGAAAUUAUUAGAAAAGGAUUAAGGAGUUUUAUUAUGGGAAAGAUGCCUUAGAAAGAUGAGUUAUACUUAUUUAUCAUAUGGUUAAACAUUAUUCCAUGAAGGUAAUUAAUAAAUUAAUUAUCAAAAGGUGAUGUCGGAACUACAUUUUAUAUAAUAUUGUAAGGCAGAGUGAGUAUUCAUAAAAGAAUUUUGGUUUAAGAUGAAUUCUAAGAUAAGGAAUUAAUUUAAUUAUAAGAUGGAUAAGCUUUUGGGGAAUUAGCUUUAGAAAAUAAUGAACCAAGAUCUGCUUCUGUUAAAGCUAUUCUUCCAACUCACUUAGCAGUAUUAGAUGCAGAAGAUUAUAUGGUAAUUAAAAAAACAGUGGUAUUAAAUUCAUAUUGAAUUUAAGAUAAAUUAGCAAAGAUAAAUGUAUUUUGAAGAAUUCGCAAAAUUGGCAAUUUUCAAAAAUUGGAAAUUUAUGAGUAUCAAAUCAUUAUUCGAUGUGAUAAAAUAAAAUAAAUAUGGUCUUAAUCAUAUUAUUUAUAAAGAAGGAGACCCUUCGAAUGAUGUAUAUUUUAUUUAAACUGGAUAAUUUAAAGUAAUUCUAUUAUCACUCAACUCUAUAGGUGAUUAAAACACUUCGGAUAAAAAAGCAUGAUGAAGUUAAUUAAAUUUAAGAUGAUUUAGAACUACUUAAAGAUUAUUUCGCUUAUACUAAACCAGUAUUAUCUAAUUAGGAUAAAAUAGAUAUGUUAUAUUAGAAAAAGAAAUAUGGUAAUUUAAUAGCAGGAGAUAAAAAAUCAAUUAUGACUUUAAAAUUUGUUGGCGCUGGAGAAAUGUUUGGAGAAUUAGAAAUAUUAAAAUCAAAUGAUCUUUGUCGUCAAUUUAGUUAUAUAUCUACAUUUGAAAGUAAUACGGUAUAUUCUGUUUCCAAAAGAGAUUUCUUAAGAGUUAUACAAAAUGAUUAACCACUUUCUGAAAGUUUAAAUUUAUUGAAUGACGAUAAAUUAAAAUAAGCUCUUGCCUAAAUUAAAGCUUAUGAAAAAAAUUUUAUUGAUUAAACUGAAAAGUAAAAUAUUCUUUCAAGAACAUAAAUUAAAGAAUAACUCAAUCCUAAACUCUUAACGGAUGAUGACAUUGAAAAAAAUGUAUUAGUUAAAAAUUAAAGUUAAUUAUGUAAAAUUAGUAGCAAAAAGAAAUCUAUUGAAAAAAAAAUAAGAGAGUUAACAUUAACUCUUGAACCUCCUAAAAAUGAAGCAGAUUCAAAUACUUUGCUCUCUUAACUCUACCUUUCUGAAAGACAUAGAAGGUAAAAGACUGAAUAACAGAUUGUUUCUAUCUCAAAAAAAACUCCUUUAAUGAAAAAAAGAUCAUUCGAAACUAAAAUAAAAUGUGUUAAUACAACAUAAUCAUAAGAAAUACCAAAAUUAAAUGUUUUUAUAUGCACAGUUAUUACUAAAUUGUUUAAGAACUAAUAAUUAAAAUCAGAAAAAACUGAAGAGGAUCUUCUUAAUCCUAAAUUACAAAAACCAAAUUUUAAAGAUAUUAAAAAAAAUCUUGAAAGUCUAUAAGAUAGUCCAAGAUUAAUAUAAAAAAAAAAUGGAAGUGAAAGUACUUUAAGCAAAAGGAUUCAUUCCACUACUUCUAGAUAAUAAACUAGUCCUGCUAUCUCAAGAUUCAAAUAAAUUGAUAAAAUUACUCCAAUAUCAUUUAAAUCUCAUCUACCUUUUGUUUUGUAGAACAAAUACUUUGGAUUGGCCUCUAAAGAACAAUGA